AUGGUUCGUGCUAAGAGCUGGACCCUGAAGAAGCACUUUGAAGGCAGCCCUACAAACAGUAACUUUGAGCUGAAGACAGUUGAACUCCCACCCUUAAAAAAUGGAGAGGCCCUGCUGGAAGCUCUGUUCCUCACCGUGGAUCCUUACAUGAGAUUGGCAGCCAAUAAAUUGAAGGAGGGUGAUACGCUGAUGGGGGAGCAAGUGGCCAGAGUUGUGGAAAGUAAAAACUCAGCCUUUCCAACAGGAACUGUAGUUCUGGCUCCUUCUGGCUGGACAUCACACUCCAUUUCUGACGGAAAAGACCUAACGAAGCAGCCUGCAGCAUGGCCAAGCACAUUACCUCUGUCUUUGAUGCUGGGCACGCUCGGCAUGCCAGGCCUAACAGCCUACUUUGGCCUGCUCGACAUCUGUGGUGCAAAAAGUGGAGACACCGUCUUGGUUAAUGCGGCAGCAGGAGCCGUGGGCUCUGUCGUGGGGCAGAUAGCGAAGAUCAAGGGCUGCAAAGUUGUUGGAGCAGCAGGGUCUGAUGAUAAGGUUGCCUACCUUAAAAAGCUUGGAUAUGACGUUGCCUUUAACUACAAGACAGUCAAGUCCUUGGAAGAAACAUUGAAAAAAGCUUCCCCUGAUGGUUACGAUUGUUAUUUUGAUAAUGUAGGUGGAGAAUUUUCAAACAUUGUUAUCCCCCAAAUGAAGAAAUUUGGAAGAAUUGCUAUAUGUGGGGCCAUCUCUACCUACAAUAGCACUCGCCCACUUCCCCCAGGCCCGCCCCCAGAGGUCAUUAUCUAUCAGCAGCUCCGCAUGGAGGGGUUCAUCGUCAGCCGCUGGAAAGGAGAAGCCAGCCAGAAGGCUCUGAACGAAUUGAUGAAAUGGGUCUCGGAGGGUAAAAUCCAGUACGAGGAAUACGUCACUGAAGGAUUUGAGAACAUGCCAGCUGCAUUUAUGGGAAUGCUCAAAGGAGACAAUUUGGGGAAAACAAUAGUGAAAGCAUGA